AUUUUUCUUAAGGGACCCGAUACUCAUAUCUUCAAUCCCUUUAAUAAUUCAUCACAUUCGCCUUCACUCAUUUAGUUGUAGUGAGUCUGAAUCAAUUGCAUUAGACUUUUUUGUGUCCCCCACGCAAGCCUCAGUAACCAACCUGAAUCAGCAAAUUUUCCUCGUUCUUGUGAACCAGGCACAACAGGGACAUUUUAUUAUAAUAUCAUCCUUUAUCCAUUGCAUUCUGCAUAAUCCUGACGACCACAUCGUUUUCUGUCGCUUGUUUCUGUUGGUCAUCCCAUUCAUUGCCGCUUUUUGCCCUUUAAAUGGUCCCCAACACCCUCCUUACACCCUAUCAAUCAUUGAGCAGUGUCAUGAAUAUGAACCUCCAAAACAACACCACGUCGGUGCCUGUUCUCGCACCGCCGCCAGUGGUGCCUCCCACUCCCAAGCGGAAGAGAGGUAGACCACCAAAACCUAACAACUUCAGCAGUAAAAUCACCAAAACCAUUAACAUUUCUGUUAACACAUCGCCGCUUUCCAACUCACCAGACGCCGAAAACAACUCGAACCAGACGGUCAAACGAGGAAUUCCCGAUAUCUUCACGCCUACUAUGCGAGUAAGUCCUAGCGCCGGUGCCAUCAGAAGACGGAAAAAAAGCUCUGUCGACAUGGGAAAUUCACCAGCUCGCCGCAAGAGUAGCGUGCAUAGCUUAAGCCAUGGCUCAUCUUCCAGCAGUUCUCAGAACUCCCCUGCCACUGACUACAUCAACUCACGGACCUUGGACAACAUUUCGCAGAUUACAAACCUGGGUCGAGGAGCGUACCAAUCUCCUCCACCGUCGGCCAAACAGCAAGGUCGUCAACUCGAUAAAAACUUAUUACCUCCGGUAUUAAUUCGUACUGAUAGGGCUGCCAGCCCUGUACAGGACUUGAGUGACUUUGGUGAUUUUAACUUGAAGCUCAUGAUUGACGAACUGGGCAAAGCCGUAUUGUCGCAGUCCCAGGCCAAUACUACCAUUGGCAUCCAGGGGCAUUAUGAUAGCGCUCCUACUACCACCGCUACCGGCGACUUGGACUACGGGCAGGCUCCCGUCCAGUACCACCACCAUCAACAACAACAACAACAACAACAACAACAACAAAGGCCCAUGCCCAUGAAGUAUCACUCGGACUACGCAUUUUCUGACACCAACCCUCCACAGACACCAAAGCAGAAGGACUACACUAUCAGCACCGGCUUGACGCCAUUGGGUUUUGGCGGAAACUAUUCCACCCCCCAGUUCAACUCGCUUAUGAACUCUAUCAUCACCUCGCCCAAAAAAGUUGGCAACAACAAUAACCAAUUUAUGUUCAACCAAGAGAUGUUCAUGAACAGCGGGUUCGAUUUCAUGAAUGGUAACCCAUUGCUUCAGGCACCCCAGCAACUGACGAUGAUGCAGCAACAGCAACAGUCACCCAGUGGAGGUCAGUUCAAUACUGGGUCAGUGGGUGCCAAUGUUGGCUACCAACCACAAAUGACUCAGCCGCUCCAGUUCCCAGACGACUCGGAUGCCCGGUUAGCGUUGAAAAAAAUCAUGCAUGUCAAGAGAAUAUAACGAGUUAGACGGUGAUUUCAUUUCUAUAGAGUAUAGCAUUAUAUCGGAAAAUGUAUUUUGGAAAAGUAUUAGUUAUAAAAUGCAAAGUUUAAUGUGAAAUUCGGACCAAAAGAUAGAGGUAAUGCACAUCAUGAUGACAUAAAUUGGGAUAUAAUUUUCGAAUUCAUGCAAUUGUUUAUAGUGAGUCCAAUUGACGCGGCCAAUGAGUUUAACCCGCGAGUAUUGACGCAUGCCGAAUGGCGGCAACUAAGUCGCAUGCAUAAUCUAUUCGAGGCCAGGAUUUAU